UUUAAAUUGACAUUGUCAAUUGUCAUUAUUUGGCGCCAAAUAGUGUUUUCGUUUUUAUUGCCGUUAAGAACUGAAAGAUUUGCAGAAGGUGUUCAAGAUUUUAAUGUUUUCUGACUAACCGUAAUCAAAUAAGGGAAAAGGCAUGUCUACUCCUUCAAAGCGCCCUUCUUCUCGGGCGUCAUCUGAAGCUCCCACACCAUCACGCCGAACAAGGUCUUCGCAACAACUUGUUGUCCCGGAAACUCCCCAGAGAUCAUCGGGAACACCUUCAAAAGAUGGAACUCCUGGGACUCCGCGACGGACGCCCCGAACGCCGAACCAAGCCCCCGGCACAUCCCCUGCUAGACCUUUACCUUCUAGUCCUCUUGGUACUGACAUAGAAAUGAGUUCUCCUUUGAACUAUGGUACUCCGAGUUCUCUCAGUACACCGAGGUCAUUGCUUAGAGGUGCCAUGACCCCGGCCAGACAGCGUGCCGACCUGAGAGGCAACCAGGCAGGUCCUAAUGUGCCAGCACCAACACCAAGUUCACAGACGGCAACAGGUGAAGUGGAUAAUGCCAGUGAACCGCAAUUAGUAGUUUGGGGAACAGAUGUAGCCAUAGCCGAGUGCAGGGAGAAAUUCAUUAAGUUCAUACAAAGAUUCGUUGAACCCGACGCUCUAACUACAGAACCACUGUACGAGUUGAAGCUGGAAGAGAUCCAUACAUUGGAAGAGCCAUUUCUGGAUGUGGACUGCGAUCACGUAAAAAUAUUCGAUUCAAAAUUACACAGACAGCUUAUAUGCUAUCCUCAGGAGGUGAUUCCGGCGUUUGAUGCAGCGGUUAACGAACUAUUCUUUGAGAAAUAUCCGGCUGCUGUUUUAGAACAUCAAAUACAAGUGCGGCCAUUUAACGCGCCGCAGCGGAACAUGAGGGAUCUCAAUCCUGAAGAUAUCGAUCAGCUAGUAACGAUAUCCGGCAUGGUGAUCCGUACAUCCGGUAUUGUUCCGGAAAUGAGAGAGGCCUAUUUCCGGUGCGCGGUAUGUGGGGCUGCUGUAGCUGGGGAGCUUCAGAGGGGCAGAGUUCCAGAACCAGCUCAUUGUGGGCAUUGUAACACAGCGCACAGCUUCCAGCUGGUACAUAACAGAUCGCACUUCAGUGAUAAACAGCUGGUCAAAUUGCAGGAGGCGCCAGACGACAUGCCGGCCGGUCGCACGCCGGCCACGGUGACGAUCCUGGCCCACGGGUCGCUGGUGGAGCGAGCGGGCGCGGGCGAGCGCGUCGCGGUGACCGGCGUGUUCCGAGCCGCGCCCGCAGCGGUCAACGUGCGCCGCGCAACGCUCAGGGCCCUACACCGGACGCACAUAGACGCGCUGCAUUAUAGAAAGGUGCACAGCGACCGACUGCACGAGAUGGAGGACGGCAAGGAGCACCAGUUUCCUCCUGAGCGCGUGGAGUUGUUCAAGGCGUUGGCCUCGCAGCCGGAUUGUUACGAACGUCUCGCUCGAGCCAUCGCGCCCUCUAUAUAUGAAAACCUUGACAUUAAGAAAGGUGUACUGCUGCAGCUGCUGGGCGGCACCAAGAAGAAUUUCAACGCAGCCGGACGGACGCAUUUCAGAUCUGAAAUCAACAUCCUGUUAUGUGGCGACCCCGGUACCAGCAAAUCUCAGUUACUGCGCUGGGUCCACGACCUGGUGCCACGCGCCCAGUACACCUCCGGCCGGGGCUCUUCGGCCGUGGGACUCACGGCUUACGUCACUAAAGACCCCGACACACGCCAGCUGGUCUUACAGACUGGCGCGCUCGUGCUAGCUGACAACGGUAUAUGCUGCAUCGAUGAAUUCGAUAAAAUGAAUGACUCGACUCGUAGUGUGCUGCAUGAGGUGAUGGAACAGCAGACGUUAUCUAUAGCGAAGGCUGGCAUUAUCUGUCAGCUGAAUGCUCGCACGUGUAUCCUCGCGGCCGCCAACCCCGCUGAGUCUCAGUGGAACAAAAAUAAAACCAUCGUGGAAAAUGUCCAACUACCCCACACGCUCAUGUCCAGAUUCGACCUCAUCUUCCUGGUGCUGGAUCCUCAAGACGAGGUGUUCGACCGUCGCCUAGCGUCUCAUCUGGUUUCUUUGUAUUUCAAAGAUCCCGCAGUCGUUACAGAGGACGAAGAUUGCGUUAAUAUGAGUCUGAUGCGUGAUUACAUCGCAUUCGCCAAAGAGCACGUCCAGCCUGUGUUGAGUGAGGCCGCGCAGCAGAGACUCAUUGAUUCGUACGUGGACAUGAGGCGCGUGGGCAGUGGUCGCGGUCAAAUAUCAGCCUACCCUCGCCAGCUGGAGUCCCUCAUCCGCCUGUCGGAGGCCCACGCUCGUGUGAGAUUGUCACCCACCGUGGAAGUCAAAGACGUUGACGAAGCCGCUCGAUUGCACCGCGAAGCCCUGAAGCAAUCGGCGACGGACCCGGCCUCCGGGCGUAUAGACGUGGCCAUACUAACGACAGGUCUGGGAGCGGCCGCGCGACGCCGCCGGGCGGACCUAGUCUCAGCCCUGAGGGAACUCAUCAAAAACUACCCUCGACCUCACACGCUCACACACGCCAAGAUACUACAGGAGAUCAACACAACCUCGCAGAUUACGGUGUCACGUGACCAGUUAGACGAGGCCCUCCGAGACUUGCAGGACGAAGGAAAAGUGGUUAUAGUGAGCCACACUCACCUGAGGAUAUGUUGAUGUUAAAUGAGCGGAGCGACGAGGCUCCACGUAGGAUAAGAUUAACGUAUAAGAAAUAAAAACCGAUAAAAUGAAACAGCUUUAAAGAAAAAUAACAUUUUUGUGCCGUGAAAAUAUAUAUAUUUUUUUGUCGUUCAAUUUUAUAAUCUAUUGUCAUUUUAAUAUAGUUUUUAAUCGUACGAUAUCCGCCUUACCGUUGAUGUUAUCUAAUAAUUUCUUAUUAUUAUUAAAUUUGUAUUUUUUUAUUAACAUUGUCUUAUUAAAACGCAUUGCUGGCAACCGUUGUAUAUCUAAUUGCUUCCGAAAUAAAUGAAUCUGGUGUCUCAA